AUGGUGGGAAGUCGCUGUGUCAUACAGGGCUGUGACAACCGCUCUAAUAGAGCGGCUGGAGUUGCCUUGCACAGCCCUACAGAAAAAACAAGAGAUGUGUGGCUCCGUUUUGUGAGGACCAAAAGGAAGAAUUUCAACCAAAAGCGAGGGACCAGAUUUGUGAUAUGUUCUGUUCAUUUUGAGGAGUCUUGUUUUACACGGCCCUUCCACCCAAGCCAACGUCGACAAGUUUGGCAUGGGUCGUUGCCAAGUAUAUGGAAAAGAAGCGAGCACAAAACAUCCCGUGAGUAGGAAAGAAAUCGGCGUAUGAGGGAGAAAGAAGGGUCCGGAUAAUCUGCAAGCCAGGCAUGUGAGCCAUCGGAAAAUAUAAAUUUUUAAUGAUAUUCUAAUUGGAAAUAGUUCGUUUUGUAAUUGGUUUUGCUGCUGCAAAUGUGCUUUCAAUCGCGAAUAUUAAACCGCGAUGGUUCACGCGGUGGCCAUGUUAUUUUGGACGCGAACAGUCUGGGUUGAGGGAGAGCGACAAAUUUUGACUUUCUCUCCCUUCUCUGAUAGUCUUUCCUGUUUCAUUCUUGCGAACCGUUCAGCGUGCUCGUGGCCGGAUCUUCAAAAAAUAUUCAAUCCUUUUGGACAAUCCAGUUCAGUCGAAUCAAUCUAGCAAUAAACUGCUUCUAAAAGUGAGUAUUUACCUGAUUUACCUUUGCUUUAGUCUGUUGUCAGCUGUUUUGUGCAAUGAAUUAUUCAUCAUUGCUAAUGUUUUAUGUAUUUUAUUUAGUUCGCAGAUGGCAAAUCGACGCACGCAGUGUCUCGUUGAAGCAACGAGGCGUGGUUUCACGCCAAACAUUGAUUCUGGUGUUAAAACCUUAACCGUCUUUUCUUGAAGUUUUUUAAAAGUGGCAUACCACGUAAUCAAGAGAAAAGAUUUAGAAAUGUGUUAGAAACGUUUUGCGCGUUUUAAAAAUGAUACGGUUUCAUCGUUCGUGUAGAUAGGUUUUCAGAUGGCUUGCGUGGCUCGCUGCCAUGGCUUGCAUGGCUCGCAUGGCUCGCUUGUAUGACUCACAUGGCUCGCUGGCUCGCACUCUAUCCAAACUCGAGAAAGAACGGCAGAAGGUAAGCGCGCGAAAUGUGUGUGCUGUUGUUUUAGCUUUUGCAUUUCCCAGUACUUUGAUCAACAGUCAUACAAACUGUAGUAACUACACAUCUGUUUUUAAUGUACUUGUGAGUUCCAUUACUACGAGGCAAGCAAAAAUACAAACAACAAUUCUUUUCUUUAGAACAUUUCCUAACUAUCGCAGUAUACAAAACAAGAUUAAGAUUCACGUUUACCGCAAACGGCAAACGUCAGGCUCAUGUUCAGAAUUUCUCAGAAUAGAAAAAGAAGAUGCAAACAUUCCAGAACGAUUCAUAUGGUUAAAACUGGCACAAAACUACUUAUUUUUGUGUAGAAGCAAUAAAGAGUAAACGGAAAAUAAGGGGAAAACUUGGGCAAGUGGUACAAAUUCACGUUUGGCGUAAACGUCGAUCAAUUUCUCAGUUCACACCUCGAUCAAAGGCGUAUAGCACUUGAUCGGACACGUGAGAGAAAGUCACUCAUACUUUACUAUCACUCAGCUUUCGUGCAGGUGCAGGUGUUCUUUGUCAUUUUUAAAGCGAAUACAUCUUUCUCCUUAUGAAUAUUUAUUAGUCUAAACCUAUGUGCCACGGAACUUAAAAGAAUACAUCGCGUGACAAAUUCAUCAUCAAGCAAUCGCUGGCCAUUCCCGAAAAUGCUUGGUUAAGCAAGUAAACUCAAUUCAAUAUUUAAAGUCUUUCGACGGGAGUUUCUUUAAAAUGUUACGUUUGAAUCUUUAAGGUUCUGAAUGAAUUGUUGGAAAAAGCCAGAUCAGAUGCACAAAGCAGGAAGAAUACCAUGGACACAGAAAUAGUAAGUAAAAUUAAGUUGAGUGAAUAAUUUUAGAAAUACUACAAAUGUAGCUCUUUCCUGCGUUUUAAACAGUAUUUUUUUAAGCUUAUAUUUUUUAAUUCAGGAGGUUGUGUCAGAUUCUCCAGCGCUAAACAACACUUUUCUUGAGGCAGCUACAGUAACAAUCUCUAAUGUGGAAGGUAAUUUAGCUACUUGUGAAAAUAACCCUAUUACACUAGUUGGAGUAUCCAGGCGAUCUGGGGGGGGGGGUAACUCCCGAUUUCAACUGACAGGGAUGAUUGAAGGAUUUUUUUGGGUCUGAAAUUGUCGAUUUAGUGGUUUUUGGUUUGGAAAAUUUUGCUAAGUGUUUUUUUUGGGGGUAGCUUGGCAGAGGUACAAUCUUAAGAUCGACAUGGCAUUUCUGACUCGGAAAAUUUCUCGGCCCUAAGAAACUUGUGCCUUUGGUGCUAGUUCCAAAGCUGCCUACUAUUCAUUAUCAGCCUGCUACUUAAAACUUUUUGACAGCCCCGACUGUGUAUUCAUUGGGAACAUGUUCAUUUUGCAGAUACUGCAAUGCCAUUUGAAAAUACAGACAUUGACAAUGCUACAAUGCAGUACGACCAAGGAAAUUUUUCUUCUAUGGUAAUACCAUCUGGAAAUAUGGCUGAUGCAGAAGUGCAACCUGAGCAUACAAACUGGGUAAAUGACGCCGAACAGUCUGAAGGUCUAGAUGAAUGUGUAGACGAAACAACUUCUGGGGCUUUAGAUGUUGUCAACAUAGAGCAAAUAUCUGGAAACUUGAUUUCGGGUAAGGUGUCUACUAAAACCAAAGAGGAGGAGGUAGUCGUGGAUGAUGCUGGUAGUAAUGAAAGCCUUGAAGACUCACCAGUCAACUGAUAAGGUAUAUCCUUAAUAGUACUUCAAAACAAAAGGGAGCUAAGAAUUAUUGGUUUAUUAAUACAUUAAUGAUCUAGAACAUUUCUUAAGGUUCAGUUACAUGCAUAAAAUAAUUUUGUUAGACAGUGGUGUUUCAUUUUGUGCAAUUUUGGUUUUCUACUUGGGUUUGAAAUUGAAUCCAUCUCAAUCCUGUAUAUCGAUAAACAUUUAUCAACCCUUACUAACGUAGAGAAAUUGUUUUUGUGUGAAUGAAUACUCUAUUUCAGCCCCCAUUAACACCUAGUACUUGUUCAAGUUGUGCUUCUUUAAGACAACAGAAGAAAAAACUGCAGAGGCAACUUAGGGGACUAGAAUCAAAACUGGAAACCAACCAGACCAAAAGGGAGGAGACCUUCGAAAGAUUAAGCAAGAAUAAGACAGAUCUGGUUUCCACAGGUUUGUGUUUCAAUCUUCAAUGCAGUGAGGCAACUAUAAAUAAUUUGCCACAAUCAUAAUCCCUGGUACACAGUGCAUAUAGUUAUUAAAUGAACAUGCUCAUAAAAGGCUUUGUUCUGUAUAAUAGCCUUCAAUGCUAAUUUAAUUUUUUUUGCACUAAAUCCAUUCAGAGUCUCAAACAGAAGACGUAACUGUAAUGAAUGACAAUGAGGUGAACUUAAAUGAAGAUAGUUUUGAAGAAUACAUCAAUAUUGAUGAGGAAUCAAUUGAGCAGGGACAAAAGGGUCAGGAAACAGAUGACGAAGGAGACCAAGACUGGACACCACAGGAAGCUGAAAGUGCCUAUGAACAAGCAGGGGAUGAUGACUGUAAACAAGGGCCAAAUCCAAAGUAUCUGUACUAUUUCUGUUAUUUGUAUUAUUUUCACUGUCAUUGUCAUUACAUUCACAGUAUUAAGCAUGCAAGGUGGUAUUAACAACUUAUGGACCUCAAGGACUCUGAAGGAUUCUUGAUCCUCUUAGCUUUUUUUUUUGGGCUGGACCCAGAUAUUAAGGUCAGACUCUCUUUAAGUUAGAUGUACAGGUUUUAAAUUAAUCAUACCACAAGAAUCCAUUGUCAUCCAAUUUUCCGGAGCAGAAAUGUACAUAUCUACUAGUGAAAUUAUUUUUUCUUGUCGCUGAACUUUUUUUUUCAGGCUGAAUUGUGAGGGUAAAAACUUUCGAGAAGAGCCAAAGGAGAUAGUGUUUCUGUCUAAAUUACUUCUUCUGUUUCAAACUUGCCACUGGUGCUUUGCCAGCAACCCAGCACUAUCACUAUCACAGUCUGGAACAAUGUUAACUAUUAGGUCGACCUGCAGCCAAUGA